AUGUCAGCUAACGAAUAUUACUCACAGAGUGAGAAGAAGGAAACGUUUGCUCGCCCAGGUGCGCCUCCUCCAGGUGCGCCUCCUCCAGGCCAAGGCAGCUCGAACGAAAGAGGGGUUUUCAGCCAUCCCCAGCAGCACCAACCGCAGCAACAGCAGUAUUAUCAACAAGGACAGUAUCAGCAGUAUCCGCAGCCGCCAUAUCAGCAGCAACAGCAUCCGCAAUACUACCAGCAACAGCCGCCACAUCAGCAACAGCCUAUAUAUGUGCAACAGCAGCCUCCCAGAAGCGGUAAUGAGGACUGUCUGACCGCAUGCUUGAUGGCUAUGUGUAUCUGCUGUACUUUGGAUUUACUAUUCUAA